AGUCACAGUCACAUGGUGCAUCCAGGAAGAAACGCGUACAAUGUAUAUGUACAGAGGAAGAUAAACAAAUGCUCAGCUGUGUCAAUAACACAACUAAAACACGGGUGUAAACUGACCUGCAGUGAAGCACAGAUACUGUAAACAUCUACCGGGCGACACGGAUGCAAACAGGCUUGUUCGGAAAGCGGAAGGAUUGGUUUUGUGUGUGCCAUCACAGUAACUGACAAUUAUUCAUAGACAUUGAGCGUGUGUGCUGGAUUUUCUGACAGCCGUGCAAAAAUGUCUGACUUUGUAAUUUUACUGCUGAUUCUGUUUUUGGUCAUUUGUCUUAUCUUAACUGUGGUGGGCUUCGUUUUUUACUCCGGGCUUUUCUCUGAAGUCGUGAUUCGGACUGGAUCUCCUCCGGUGAAAAACAUCACGAUUGCAUAUAAGUUUAGAAAAGGAUCGUACAAGGCCAGCGGAGCAGCUUUCACGGAGAGCUGCAGUAUCGGACCGAAGCUGUCUUCUGUCGGUGUGUUUUACGAUGACCCCAAUCAGACUCAAGCAAAUCAGUGUCGGUAUGUAGUGGGCAGCAUACUGUGUGAAAAUGAAGAGAAACCUGAUGAAGAGCUUCAGCGUCUAUACGAGAAAUUCGGCUACAAGGUCAUCUCCUUCCCAGAAGUCACCUGUGCUGUAACUUCCUCGUUUCCAAACAGAUGCACUCUGUCCCCCGUCUGUGGUGCUUAUAGAGUCUAUCCUGAACUACAACAGUAUAUAAAGGAAAGAAGUCUGAAUGCGUACCCAUUCCUGGAGAUAUGCAAAGGUGAUCUGAUCUAUUACAUGUGUCCUUUGGAGAAUCAGAAGGACUUCUGUGUGCCUGAACUGCUUGAGAAGACAACAUCUGAGGAAACAGUGGAGCAUAAAGAUGCUGAAGUCACAGAGUCAGCAGCAGGUGAGCCAUUGCAAAAGUCAAGCCAAGUGAUCCAGGAAGUGUUUGAAGAAAGCAGGGACGUGGUAGAGGCCUCAGCAGCAUUGCUGGAGAUCUCUCAGCCGAGCCUGGGUGAGGAAGAGGGUCAGAGUGAGGAUGGGGACCAAGGGAGCAAGGGAUCCAGUGAGUCUGUUGGCAGUGGCUCUUCCUUUGAAGAGCUGGACGUGGAAGUGGAAGAGGAGAAGGAGAAGGAGAAGGAGGAGGAGAAAAACAAAGUGGAGGAGGAAGACCAUAAUGGACAGCAGACGCCUGUGAUUGGAGAAACGAUCAGGAACAGGGAGGAGUGAAGGAUAAAGCAGAUUAGAGGGAAUGUGGGUGAAUGAUGAGUGCAUAUGUGAGUGUGGAUGCAUUUGUGAGAGGGAGAAAGUUUGUCUGUGUCUUUGAAAUCAUCAAAGGCUUUUUUCUUACUAAGCCUUUGAAAUGAACAUCCCUAAAUACCCCGAAAAGUUACUUCUUUGUUGUCAGCAAACAAGCAAUUAUCUCUUUCAGAACCUUUUAUUAAAGACUUGGAAAAUGUGCAGAAAUACACAUUAUUCUUUGGCUUUGUAUUUAUUUCUAAAAAACAAAUUGUAUAUGUUGCUUUCUCUAUUAUCUGUCUGUCUUCCCACGGUAAUCAUGAAAAACAUUCAGGCAGCAAGUAAAUCAAGCACAAUCUGAAAGAGAGGUAACAUUAUUAAUGCAGCUAAAUGGAGCUUACUUUUCUUUCAUUAACAUGAUCUACAGCUGAAGUAUUCAGUAGUGUUUGCUUCAAAACAUGAAUAAUUCAUUCCAAAUGCUGUCUUUUGCUGUAGAAUAGAACUGAAAAACAAUGAGAAUAAAAAUUGCAUGUUGUUAA